AUGCGCCCCAAAGGAGACCGACACGAGGGUGAACCGGAGGAGGAGCAGUUCCCUGCUGUACAAGCCAGAAAACCGGAAAAUCUUGUCACGGAACCCUUUAUGCAGCAAGUCGAUAACCAGCUGAAGCGAACACUUGCUAGGCUCGAGGGGACGAAGAAGGGCACCCUAUCCAAGUUGGGUCGACAGGUCGAGGGUAUUGUUCGUGACGCGACGCCUGAGAGUCGCGAUGAGGUCCGCAAAGCCUUGGAGGUGAUGCAACAUGUCACCAAACAAUAUAUUGAAGCAGUUUUUGAGGAGGCGGUCGACGCCUCGCGAAGCGACUCCCAGUCCUUUCAGGAUAUUCUGAUUGAGCUGGAUUCUGAAAUGAAUAACCGACAUGAAACGGAGAUGGCAGCGCUUGAGAAGACGCUGGGGGAGGCCCAGCAGACAGACGCAGUUUUCGGCGAGCCGACUACCAAGCCUCAAGCGGGUUGCCGAGGCCGUGGCGCGCCUACCAUGCCCUCCCGUACCAGCACUGCUGGUAGCUCUGAUAAAGCCUUUGAAGACAUGUUUGGUGGCGCAAACCAACCCAGAACAUCGGCAUGGCAAAGUUCCCAUCGGCCCCCCAAACCAACCGCAAGAGGCAGUUUCAAGUCGUCGCAAGGCCAGAACAAGAACAAGAACAAGAAGUUUUCGUUCCAGUGGGACAGGGGAGGAAGACGUCAGGGCAGUGUCGAUUCGGUGGGGAUUGGAAGCGAGUCCGAAUCCAAGACUGAAGUGCCACUCGAGGCCGAUGAUCUCAAGUCUACCGAUUACGAGGAUCUGGACCCGAUGAUGCGAAGCCUCCUGGAAGCAGGGGAGGAUCUUCAUAAGGAGUUUAAGAAGGACGCCAGCAAAGCUGGUACCGAAGAGUGGCAGGCUGACAUGGAAUACGCCGAACUUCAGGAACAGCUCAACCAAGCUCUGUUGGAAUACAACAAGCAAAGGGGUAUGGUGGUGCAGAAAGACCAGUUGAUCGACGGACUCAGGGAGGAGGUCACCGAGCUCAAGAACAGCAACCUAGAUCUCACCGCGAGCCUGGAAUCCAUGGGUCGGGCCCCCAGCGCAGGCGGCGCUGGCACUCCCAUCCCAAGUCAAUUUGGUCGAUUCCAAUCCGUGACAUCUUUUCCUUUCAACAGCGCUGGGGGCUCUCCUGGCACUAGCAAUGUGGCCUGGCUCAGCAUGUGGCUUCCCAAGGCCGUUCGGCUGCAGAUGGAGACAACCAAGGCAGCCAUUAAACGCUGCGACGCCGAGGAAAAGUCUUGCACUGAGAAGAUGUUGCAACUCGGUGGCGGUAGGCAGACAAGCAAGGAGAGGGAUUGUCUCACAGCCCGACGGAGCUCAUCAGAGAAGCAUCGUCAAGAUUUCACACUGAUCAAGGGCUUUUUGGAAGAGCUAUCAGGCCACUCGAAGAAGAGUGAGAACAAUCUUGCAGAUGAGCUCUCGGGAAUAGGGUCGGCUGAGUCGAUUGAGACUGUGAAAAAGAUGCCAACUCCUGGCCAGACUCCGACUGGUAAUGAAAGCAGUAAGAACUCAUCCUCUGGGUCUGUAUUUUUUGAGUCUCAGGGCCGAGAUGCUUCGACAUCGCCCAAGGAGUCUUCCAACGAGGCCCAUGGCCCCUCGAAAUCACCCAAGAGGCAAGGCAGUACACCAAAGGUACCAUCACCUCUUGCAGAAUCCCACACUCCCCAAGCAAGCGAGACUGCUCCCGAAGCAGGCAACGCUCCUCUUCCAGCAAGUAACACUGCUGCCCGGGAAGUUCCCCUAGAAGGCAACAACGAGCAGGUGAGGGAACCAGCCGACCCUGAGAACGCAACGCAAAGGGCGGUCGAGACCAUCGACUCUGGGGUGCUUGGGAUGUGGUCCUUUUUUGCCCAUGCUGGCCUGGUUGCCAUGACACAUGCAGGAGCCUUUGUUCGCGUCAGCAAGUUCAUCCUCCACAUCUUCACUUACAUCAUGAACCAGAUCAGCAGGGUGGUACGUCUGAUGUGGCCGUUUAGCCGUGCCGCAGAAGAGGAGUCGCCGGCACCAACGCUUCCUAAGCUGCCAUCGCCUGAAUGCUUCAUCGUCGUCAUGUACUACUGCUCGGCCUUUCUGACAUUCCAGGUGUACAUGGCAACCCAGCGGGAGAGGCAGAUCUGGUUCGAGGCCAACGGGCUGACGAGAAAGUACAUGCUGGAGCGCAGCCGGGGUGAGAGUCUGUGGCUCAUCUACGGGGUAGAUGGGAACCUGAUAGUGGGAAGGAAAGAUGUCGAGGACUCUUUCAAGCUGGUUUACUUGCUUGGGGUGAAGAGUGUGCAGCACUUGUAUCGUUUAGCACAGGGCACGCCGCCUUGA